AAGUUUUCCUGGCUCGAGGCGCCGAGGAAUGCGCUUGUGGUGAAGAAGAUUCACGACGCCGCGGCGGCGGAGAUGAUGAUUCGCGCGACGCGCGUGCUGAAGAGUAAGGGCGUUACCGCUUGGCUCGAACGCGCGGUGUGGGAUGAGUUCGCCGAGUUACAGGGUGAUUGUCAGACUUGGGAUGCAGGCGAUGCAAGCUUUCAUCUGGAUGAGAUUAUCGAUUUCAUCGUCGUCUUGGGCGGGGACGGCACGAUUUUGUGGGCAUCAAAGUAUUUCCCGAAGGCGAUGCCCCCCGUGGUGCCUUUCGCCAUGGGUUCGCUCGGAUUUCUCACGUCGCACAGGGUGGAUGACAUGGAGAAGAAACUCGCUGUCGUGAUGCAGGGAGAUUUUACGAUCUCGAUGCGAAGCCGACUCGUGGCUAAAGUCGUCUCAGCCGAAGGCGUGUCGUCGCAGUGGCGAUACGUCCUAAACGAAGUUCUCAUCGAUCGCGGUCCGAAGCCGGUCAUGGUCGAGCUCGAUAUCGCAGUCGACGGUUAUCACGUCACCAAAGUCGCCGCUGAUGGCGUCAUUUUAAGCUCCCCCACCGGGAGCACGGCGUACUCGCUCGCCGCCGGCGGCUCCAUGGUGCAUCCCGGCGUACCGGCGCUGUGCGUCACCCCGAUUUGUCCGCACUCCCUCUCUUUCCGCCCCAUCGUUCUGCCUGACUCCGUCGUGGUCACCAUCACGUGCCCGCGCGACGCUCGCAACACCGCCUGGGCCGCGUUCGACGGCAAAUUCCAAACCGAGCUCGCCCGCGGCGACGCCGUCGUCGUGCGCGUCGCCGGUUUUCCCGUCCCGAGCGUGUGCAACGCCAGCGAAAACAACGAUUGGUUCGCCGCCGUUAAGCAGGGAUUACUCUGGAACGCCCGCGGUGCCGAUCAAAAGCCCAUAGAACGAAAGACUUAG